GCGCGCCGUGUUGUGCUGGGAAAGUGAAAAUGGUGGUGGUGGACGUGACGCGCUGCGCUAGCAUGUUGCUUAAAUCGUGAAACCAAGCCGCCGCAAUGUGUCUGUGGUGAUGUGAAGUGCAAUGGUGUGAGGUGCAUAUGUCGGUGAACACGUAGAAUAGUGAUAAUACACAAUGGGGAACUGUUUUAGUAGUAACAGAGGCCCGGGGAAAAAAGAAACGACCUCUGACAGUCGGAGUAUCCCCCCGCCUAACAACAUUUUCACCGAACAGGUCCAAUCACCACCACUGACUGGGCCCACGAUUAGUGAUCCAAGCGGUGUCACAAGGGGUACCACAGACAAUCAGGCCCUCGGUGGCCGGCCUAUGAAUGGCCUAAACCCAACCUUACCUUCACUGCCAGACCCUGAGGGAACUGCAGCUACAUCUAAAAUAUUUGUGGCACUCUAUGACUAUGAUGCUAGAACAGAUGAGGACUUGAGUUUCCGCAAGGGAGAACAUUUAGAGAUUCUUAAUGAUACACAAGGUGACUGGUGGUUUGCAAGAUCUAAAGCCACCAAACAGGAUGGAUAUAUUCCCUCCAACUAUGUAGCCAAGUUAAAAAGUAUAGAAGCUGAACCAUGGUAUUUUGGGAAGAUCAAAAGAAUAGAAGCAGAGAAGAAGUUAUUAUUACCUGAAAAUGAACAUGGCGCCUUCUUGAUACGUGAUUCUGAAAGCAGAAGAAAUGACUACUCCUUAUCUGUACGUGAUGGGGACACAGUUAAACACUACCGGAUACGGCAACUAGAUGAAGGAGGGUUCUUUAUUGCUCGUAGGACCACCUUCAGAACACUACAAGAACUUGUAGAACACUAUAGUAAAGAUGCAGAUGGUCUCUGUGUCAACCUCAGAAAGCCGUGCAUCCAGGCUAUUGAGAAACCAGUCACUGCCGGACUUUCACACAAUACUCGAGAUCAGUGGGAGAUUGACAGAUCAUCCCUCAAGUUUGUACGUAAACUGGGCCAUGGACAGUUUGGGGAAGUAUGGGAAGGUCUCUGGAAUAACACCACACCUGUUGCUAUCAAGACUCUUAAACCAGGUACUAUGGACCCUAAGGACUUCCUGGCAGAAGCUCAGAUCAUGAAAAAGCUGCGGCACCAAAAACUCAUUCAGUUGUAUGCGGUAUGCACUCUAGAGGAACCCAUUUACAUCAUCACCGAGCUUAUGAAGAAUGGAUCCUUACUAGAAUAUCUCCAGGGUAAGGGCAGAGGGUUGAAGUUGAACAGUUUGAUUGACAUGGCAGCACAGAUUGCAGCAGGUAUGGCAUAUCUAGAAUCACAAAACUACAUCCACCGUGAUUUAGCUGCAAGAAACGUCUUGGUAGGAGACAGCAAUAUUGUCAAGAUUGCUGACUUUGGCCUUGCUCGGCUAAUUAAGAAUAAGGAGGAUGAAUAUGAGGCGAGAGUUGGUGCACGCUUCCCCAUAAAGUGGACAGCGCCUGAGGCAGCAAACUAUUCCAAGUUCUCAAUAAAGAGUGACGUUUGGUCAUUUGGUAUUCUUCUCACUGAACUUAUCACCUAUGGACGUAUACCAUAUCCAGGUAUGACCAAUGCAGAGGUCUUACACCAGGUGGAACACGGGUACCGCAUGCCUCCACCGCCUGGCUGUCCUCCUGCUCUUUACGACAUCAUGGUUGAGUGUUGGCACAAGGACCCCAUGAAGAGACCAACCUUUGAAACCUUGACUUGGAAGCUGGAAGACUUUUUCACCCUGGAAGGCUCAGAAUAUAAAGAAGCUGCGGUGGCUUACUGACCCUCGAUCAUGAAGCCCAGAUCUGGCGGCGGCUGCACUGACAUGGAGUUGUAUCCUGCUUUUACUUAGUACUCUUCCUCAGAGUAUGUCGGUUUCAAGGUCAUACUUAUUCUCCUUUUAACUGUGGUUUCAGAAUCAAACUAGAUCCAAAUACGGUACUAUCUCCCAUUUGGACGACUAUGUGGACAUAGAUUCCCAUUUGGACAACUUAUAGUGGAUAUAGAUAGAAUGACCUUGUAAUAUGCCAAGAGCAGCAGAUCUGGCAGAAAAUACCAGCUUGCUCGAAUUACCUGUAUCAGAUGAUAUAUAUUAUUAUCUGUGUCAUGGCUAUUAGUUAUGACAGCUGAUUGUCAAUGUAUCCAUAAAGGGGGACAAUUGUAUAGGCCACAAAUUUUUAUAUAUUGGUAUCUUACAGGGAUCCAGUUGUAAUGCAAGUAAAAUUUUUUCUUCUACUUCAAAAUGAUGGUGAGCUGAGAGACUCUAAUCUACAAGUUUCCUGUUUUUUUGGAACUACAGUAUAUAGAUUAUUCAGACAGUUUUUGUCCCAGUCUACACGUUACACUCAUUUUAUAAAUAUUAAGCAGCUACAACCAGUUUAUUGUGUAAGACUCACAUUUAAGCUGUUGUUGGAUAUCAAACAUUGAAAUGUGGCUUAACUUUGUACUGGCUAUGGCCUUCACUUACCCCCAUGAUGGCAUUUUUGUGUAUGACUCUAGGUGAGAGACAUUUGAACAGUCAAUCACAUUUACAUGACAGAAGGGCUCGUGAUACAUACGUUCAGGGAAAUUAUUAGCCAAUAAUCUGUGUAUGAGUGGAGUGGUGUUAACAAUGAUAGUGAAAGUGCUAAUGAUCAGGAUAAAUCAUCUCCUGAAUCUCAUGCAAAUAGCACCCCAGGAUUUUAUACACAGAACCAUAAAAAAUAAAAGGUGUUGCUUCUUGUUUUCUUAGAAAGAACAAUGGGAUAUACAUAAGGAAGUUUCUUCUCACUGAGUGACAUGCUUUAUAUGUAGCUGUCUUUUGUAGAAUACCAGUGUAAGGUAAAGUUAUGACAAGGUAAUAUAUUGUUAUGCUUGUGAUUGUUUUCCCCCCUGUCUUGAACUGUGAUUCACAUCAUGGAGCAUCAUAUAUGCAAUAUGAAUAAUUAUUUUAAAGCUCUGUAGUGAGUUGUACCUUUAUAUAAAUUUACAAUGUCACAAAUGUAAAGUGUCAUGUUUUAUCAUCAGUCCCAAUGUAAUGCCUUAGACUUGCACCAAAGAAUAGUUGAAAUUUCCCAAGACAGGAAAACAUGUGUGAUGUUUUAACUCUAAUUCAUGCUUCUGAUGCUCAACUUUCCAACUAUGCGAUGUAGGGGAUAUUAGUUAUGUUCAUUGUAUCUAGGCUGUGCCUAGAAUGUGAGGCAUAUUCAAUAUGGUAAAGUUUUUCUAAUUAUAUUAUGGGGGAAAUAAUAUUAUUACAUGAUCAUGUGAACCAUUGACCUUCUAUGCUCUUGUCAAGCAGACCUGCACUUUUUUUUCUUUUAUUCCUGCACACAUAAGCUAAUAGUGGUUGAUCAUUCUGAUGAUAUAAGAUUGUACUGUAAUUGGAAAGUGUUUAUACAUUUUGUCGUCUUCGUGCUGUACAAAAAAAAAGGGAUGGGGUCAGUCAAAUUUGAUGUUAAAAUAUGUAAGUGCAAGAAAUAGGACCUUAACUGGACCUCUCUGUUGUUUGUAGUGUAAAACUUGCAAGGAUUGUUGUUUGAUGCUAUGUUCAUUCAUAAUUUUAUUUUUCCAUUAUUGUAUUUUUGCUUCAUCUAAAAUACUGAGAGUGAAACUAACAAAGUAAUGUAUGUAAGUUGUUACAUGGUUAAUUGGGGGCUAUUCAUGUAUUCAUGUACAUUGGGAACAAAUCAAUUGACUUACAGUUCAGUUUGUAAGUUUAUCAUCUUUUAUUUGCAGUUUCAGGGCAUCUUCUCAAUUUAAAUCCCUCAUGAGUCAUUAUUUAAAAAAAAAUUCUCCCGGUCUCUCUCCCAUAUGCUUGCCCAAGUGUCAUUUACCUUGAUACCCUUUGCAUAUACAGUACAUUCAGCUCUUGUUGUGUUCAACAUGGUUGUUAUUAACUAUAAAUCCUCUUCAUAAUCUCCAAUUCUUCCAUCCCUCUCCAUCAUCUAUCUUAAGUUUUCAUGAAAUAUUAAUGCAAGAAACCCAUUCUCAACAUCAUGUUUCACUCUCUGUUUCUUUUAAUGACAUAAUGUUAUUAGAACCAGGGCUUCUCAGCUUCAGGAGAAAGAGCAGCUUCUUUGUAAAUUUGUAUAUCUGUAUAGAUUUCAAGUGUGUUUUGUUUAUGUUAGAGGACUGUGUAACUUUUUUUUAUUCACUUAUUAUUAAGGGUCAUCAAAUUCUUUCUUGCCAUGUCUUCCUAUAUAUAUAUCUUUUAUUUUCUAUUUACAGCCAGUGAAAGAAAUGAGAAAUUUUAAUACAAGUAUCUGCAAGAUAUUGAUGUCUUCUCCCACUUUUAAAAUUAUCAUCACCCUCCAUCCAGACAAUCAAAAUUUAUCUCACCCAGCCAGACAAACCAAAAACCACUCAUCCAACCAGAUACUUUUAGCCAGACUAAACUCUUUAACCCCUACGCCCCAGGAUAGGGUGCCGCUGGCCGUACAUCCCACGCGGGGUAAAUUGAGAGAAAAUCAACUUUUUAUUUUUUUUUUGUCCUUUUUAAAUGAUAAAACAAUAAAAAAGAAGUAAGAAAAACUAUAUAUUUGACCCUCUAGAAACUUCCCUGAGGCCGCAGUGGUGAGGGAGAUGUGGACAGCUUGUUUGACGGCGAGCGCUUGUGGUCACUGCACUUAGCUGCCAUUUUCUGCUUGCCUUUUGUCCGGGAUGGCAAGUAAUGCAUAUAUUUACUGAUCAUUAUACGUAUUUCCAAUAAAUAAUUUAUUUAGAAAUUAUUUUAUUUGCUUUAUUUUUCAUAAAAAGUGCUCCGUGACACACGCAGUCUGUCGCCAGGCUGUCUUUGUGUUUGGGAGAGCAAGUAAUGCAUAUGAAUAAUUAUCGGAAUAAUUAUUCCACAAAUAAAUACAUUUAUAACAUAAUAAUAGCAUUGUUUUCAGUAAUACUAGACCACAAAACAACUACACUACUUUUAGAGUGAGGGGUUGAAGUACGACUCUCCAUGGCGACAGGCUAAUGCGCACUGACCGCACUGAGCCCACCCACGCUACCCUGCGUGUGGUGUGACCACCAGGUAGUCAUGCUGGAACCUUAUAACCUGCCUUGGUCAUUCAAACAAUGGUGCGAAAAGGCACGCAUUUCGGAAUGUCAACCGGGGCAUAGGGGUUAAAUCACUCUCAUCCCACGACACACUCCCUGAUCUCAGCCUUAUCUCAUGCCCUUGGCUUCAGACCCAUUUUCAGUUCUGGCUUAUAGUAAUUUUAUUACGAGUACCCAAAGCCUCGCUUUUUAUCGUACAUACUAAAAAAAAUUAAGCACAGUGGAUUAUAGAUGCUUUUGACUUUGUUUUAAAACUUAAAAGUAUAUUGAGGCAAGUGGUACAGUACUUCAGAGCAGUUUAGUAACAAGUGUAUUGUGCUGUAAGUUGCAGCAUGUGGGCUUGUGCAUGUAUGUACUUUUGUGUGUGAGCUUGUAAAUGCAAAUGUGUACCCAUGCAUGCAUGUAUGUACUGUAUUUACAUACAAGUAUUUGCUUGUGUAUGUGGACAUUUCUUUAUUUUGAAAGAGUAUUUGAAAGUAAAAAAUAUUGAUCAAGGAGAUGGCCGCUGUGAAUUAAAAACUUAUUGACUUGAUCAUUUUUCUCUUCUUUUCAAAAAUUAAUAUCUUCUCAUUUCCAAUAUUGUUAGCAAAAGAUGAUGUGCAUUAAUGGAGCUGUUGUACAGUUCAAGUGUAAUUAUUGUGAGAUGUGAAGCUAAAACAUUAACUUCAGCAGCUGGGGAAGUAGUAGUUAGAUGCAGCUACAAUUAAGCAGACUGUCCGGUAAAAUUAAGGUAAGAUACAUUAGUAUUAUAUGUUUUGAUUAAAGUGAUAGCUCAUAAAUUGUAAAAACUGGCUCUAGAGGAAUGUUGGGCAAAUAUUAGCCUUUGGUUGUAGUAGACAUUGUUAAGGAUGUGUUCAAAAUCAAUACAUUCCACUUUGGAUGAAGGAUUAUUAAAGUGGCCUCUGGCAACAGAAGGUAGCCCCUCAAGUGCUGUGUUUGUAAUGUCACAGUUCACAACCCCUGAAAUCCUGUGCUCAUAAUAUCACAGUCUUGUGCUUCAUAUUAGAGUUCAUAAAUUCCUAGGCCUUCCAUGCUAAAGACAUUGUGGGUUGGGUCAUUACCAGUAUCUCAGACCUUUGAAAGCACAUUCGAUGAUGAUAUUCACAGAUGCAUGCCAGGGAGAUUCAGUCAUACUUACAAGCCCAUGGUCCAGAUGUCAUUUAUUGUAAAUAAGGAAUUGGGCAUAAAAAUGGCUUAUUACAAUUCACAAGAUUAUUUUAUUUCACAAGCAAAAAUACUCAUUUACUUUUUAGUGAUGUACUAGUCCCACGAGGAAGAGACUGUUGUUUAAUUUUGGGGUAAAAUUAUAUUUUAUGUAAGCUGAAAAUGCAUUCUUGUAACACCAGGAUAUAUAUAUGUAUAUAUAUAUAUAUACUGUAUAUAUAUAUAUAUAUAUAUUUUUUUUUUUUUUAAGACCAUGUUCUUGUGUUAUCUUAAUAUAUUUUUUUAACAUAAAGGUUAGCAUACUCUGGUUAGAAUGCACUCAAUUAUUUAAGUAAACCUGGCAUGGCAAGGCAAAGUAUUACUCCUUUAAUUAAGAAAAUACACAGUAAGGGUUCACAGGAAUAUUGGUGACUUGGGUUAAUGUUUCUUCAAUAGCCGUGCUUCGACUGUUAUAUAAGGAGAACUUGCAGAAACAUAAGUACACAGUUUACAGAAUGAGAACCUGCAGAAACAUAAGUGCACAGUUUACAGAAUGAGUACUUAACUGGCUUGGUGUCAAUAUUAGGGGGCCUGCGGUGCUUUAUAUGCUGUACAUGUCUUGGUGGCUGUUCCAUCUGUCAUAAAUUAUAAUUAAAAAAACCUAUUUAUAAUAGGUUGAGGAACUGAAGAAAUUGUGUAGGGUACCCAAUUGUGAAGGCUGUUGUAACACUGGUAGAAAUAUUUAAAAUAUUUAAAAACACCAAAUACUGAUCUGCCUCUUGUUACAGGUGUCAAGUACAUCAUUGAUAGAUUUUUAAGUUGUAUUUAUUUUUCUAAUUUGUGGUCAUAAUAAAAUAAAGUUGACAUCAACUGUAAAGGCAUACAGACUAUGGUUACUAUGUACAGUCUUUAAUUUUAAGUGCUCAUAGUAGUGGUAGCUUUUUUGUGGCAGUGAAGAAUAAAGUGCAGUAUUUUUAAAUGAAAUUUGAAUAUUUUGAGAUAUUUGUAGUCAUGAAAUAAAUUAUCAAAAAGUGAAAAUUGAAUCCAUAAAUCAUAUUGAUGUGCCACUUCAGUUAUAUCUUAUAGUUCCAGCCAUGUGUCUUAUUCGUGUGCGUACACUGUGUGUCCUCUGUGCGGUGAUUGUGCUCUCUGGUGUCCCAACCAGCCAUCAUGUGGAGUGUCUUUGUUGUAAGAACACAACAACAUAAAAGAAGUCAAUGCAGUAUAUUAGGUACUGUAUUGACUUGCAAAUCAAAAAUUUUUGUUGGAUGAAUUAAUAGAUGAGAAAUAUCAUGCUUAACCUUUUUAAAUUCAGACCGAUGGUUAUAGCGGCAGUAGAGGGCACGCAUCAAAAGGGGCUACGAUUUGCAAAUUUUGUCUGCCUCAUUAUUGCAGAAAUAUAAGAAGUGCCUGUGGCAUUUAUUGUCAGUCCUUCAAGGAAGUAGACUGUUUGCCCUUUGAGACUUUGCCAGGGAGAGAGAGCUAUAUUUUUCCCAUUUCUGCUGGAGACUUGUUUGGCUUUGACUUAGUGUUGGUCAUGGUAAAAGUUUGGCGAAUUGUUAUUCAGCUAAAUGUAUUUUGCUGCAAGGGUUAUAUGAUAAUACUGUAUGUAAUCAAGGUUGGGAAAUCAGACAUUGGUAAAGAACUGGACUUGGAAUAAUAAAUUUGGCCUGUAAAGCUCUUGGGUGAGAAAAGCACUUAGAUCUUAGCAACACUCAUGUUGAAGGAAAGGCUCAUACUUAUGUCUAAAAUGUACCUUUAAUAGAUAAGUGCUUGCAAACUUUAUGGUAAUACAGUGCUUUGUGACAUCUGUCUGUGUCUAGAAUUCCCAUAGUCUAUGUUGUUUUGUUUUAGGAAAAUUUUAGAGGAUAAUCUUGAAAAGUGCUUUUGAGAGCUUGGAGUCAGUUGAAUACCUUGGGCAAAGUUUCAUUAGGCAGUUUGACAUAGAGCUAAUUGAUAUUAUAGACUUAACUUGGUAAGAUACUCUUGUACAAGGUGAGGAAUGUGGUUUAUGGUUUUUUGUACAUACCGUACUAAGGACUUUUUCAGGCAGUUAUGUCUUGCAUCUUGUUUUGGAAUGUCAGUCAUUAUUAUUUUAUUGUCAGUGUUGGUAUCUACAGUAAAGUAAUCUUCCCUCCUCACAGAGCCUCGUGAUGAAUGCUAGUAGUUAGUUGCAUAAAGACUUCAGAAAUAACUUGUUGAUUCUUUGUAUAUUUUUUUUUUUUUUUUUUUUUUUUUUUUUUUUUGCUGAUUUACAUAUGUCCAGUCAUCUUUGUUACUUUGGUUAUAUAAUUGUGUUAUUUUUUCCUAGAAGUGGAAAGAGGCAGUACAACUGUAGUUGUUUUCUUGUUCUCAGAUAAGCCAUUUGAAGUCAUUCAUAAUAAUUUUGCUAUAUUACUCGGCAAUUGACAUUGGUUGGCAAGACUUUACUUAAUGCUCAAAUUAUGUCUGGUAAACAUUACUGUCUGAUUCACUGUAAAUUUUUACAAGUUGAUGUUCCUCAUUGACAAAUUUCUCAUUAGUUUAAUGAAUAAUACUUGUGGGAUAGUAAAUAUUUCCUGCUCGAGCUAUGUUUUACCAAGCCACAAUUGGCAUUAUGAUGUCACCUAACCAGUAUACCACCAAUGUAAUUGAGUUAUGCUGUGUUGUAGUAAUGCUACUCACUUAGUAUAUUAGGUAAUGUGUACUGCAGAUUAAAGAUGGUUUUUGAUGAAGUCUCAUUGGUGGCUGAAUGAUGUGAUGGUUGCUAAUCUCAUCCCACCAGUUAGUUACAUGAUGCUGAAGUGUAUUUUACUAUAAAAUUUUGAGUCCAAUUUAGAUAGAAGAAAUCAUGUUGGAUGGUGUAUGAGAAACCGAGUUUAAAGUGUGAAUGUUUUAAGUAACUGACCUGAAAGUAUUUACUAAAAAAAAAUAUGGGUGCAGAUGAAUAAAUGAUUUCUUGCAGGUAGUCAAGUGCCCUGUUUUUUCUAUGAGAGAUAUCUUAACUUUUCUAUGUUAUUCACUGAGUGUUUGAUUAGUAGGACUGUGUUGUUCCUACCAUGUGUAACUGUGAGAUGACUUCAAACGUUCAAUCCUGGGUACUCACAAACGGUAAUUUUUUAUUAUUUACAUUAAGUAUUAUUAUUGUUCCUGUCAAAUGUGGACCAUUUUGUAUUUAAUGUAAGUUAAAGUGGUUUAUUUGGUUAUGUGAUAAUGAUCAAUUCACCUGCUUUGGUAUAAGCAGUUAAAAAUUGUUGACAAGCCAUAAUUUGAAACAUGUCUGCAGCAUCAUCAUCACUGGAUAUAAACAAUAGUAAAUCAUGGGGAAGAUAGCCAUUGUAUCCUCCUCAACAACAAAUGAUAGAACAAGAAGUACAGUUAAAUUAUAUGCAUGUUCGUAAUGAAAAUUUUUGAGAAUAA